ACCGAUUAGGUCAGUUUGACCCUAAAAGAAAACCCGAGUUAAACCCCCGUUUUGCUCGUCUCACUCAUUCAUUGCUGCUUGUUUGUGGUUAGAGCUUGAGCCUGGGGGAAACAUGGCGGAGAUUAGUCAGGAUGAAGAAAUUCCUCCCAAUAUGACAUUAUACAUCAACAAUCUCAACGAGAAGAUCAAAAUCGACCAGUUGAAGAAAUCGUUGCACGCUGUCUUUUCACAAUUUGGGAAGAUAUUGGAUGUGUUAGCAUUUAAAACUCUGAAACAUAAAGGUCAAGCUUGGGUUAUUUUCGAGGAUGUUAACUCCGCUACCAAUGCUCUUAGGCGAAUGCAGGGCUUUCCUUUUUACGACAAGGAAAUGAGAAUACAAUAUGCAAAGACUAAAUCUGACAUAAUAGCAAAAGCAGAUGGCACUUUUGUCCCCCGAGAGAAGCGAAAGAGGCAUGACGAAAAGGGAGGGAAAAAACGGAAAGAACAACUUGAUCCUAAUCAAGCUGCAGCAGGUUUGAAUCCAUCUUAUGCGGGUGCUUACGGUGCAACACCUCCUCUAUCACAAAUACCCUACCUGGGUGCUAGACCUAUAGUCCCAGAAGCACCUGCACCACCAAAUAACAUUCUAUUUGUUCAGAAUCUUCCUCAUGAUGCAACUGCGAUGAUGCUGCAAAUGCUCUUCAACCAAUACCCUGGUUUGAAGGACGUUCGAAUGGUGGAAGCAAAACCAGGUAUUGCCUUUGUGGAGUAUGAAAACGAGAUGCAAUCAACAGUUGCAAUGCAGGCACUACAAGGUUUCAAGAUACAGCAAAACCAGAUGCUGAUUACUUAUGCAAAGAAGUAGAUUGAAAGACCAAAAGAGUUCUUUCCCGUUCCUACCCACACGGCAACUAGACCUUGUGUGUGGGUGGUAGAUUAGCUGAAAUCAAAUCUAAUAGCUGUUUUGUGAUAUAUUCUUUUUUAACUAGAUCUUCAGAGCUGUGUUGUAGAUUAUAGUCCAAAUGUUUAUUGAUGCUUUUCUAUUUAUUAACUGUUAGUUCA